AUGGCUAUCAACGAUGACAAGGUGACCAGGGUCAGCCAAGAUGACCACCCUCACGACUAUCACGGCAUCAAGGACCUGGCCAUCGCUAAGCAGGCAGCCGAGGAAGAGCACAGACUCACCUUUCUCGAAGCUAUUCGGCGAUACCCUCUGGCCGUCAUGUGGUCUGUCCUGCUAUCGACCUCCAUCAUCAUGGAAGGAUACGACAUCGUCCUGAUCUCCUCCUUCUUCGCCCAGCCCUCCUUCAGAGAGCACUACGGAGAGUACAUUCCCAAGACCGACACGUACCAGAUCACCGCCUCCUGGCAAAACGGCCUCAGCAAUGCCGUUAGCGUGGGAACCAUCAUCGGCGCCUUUGCCAACGGCUUCUUCACUCACAAGUUUGGUUACCGCAAGGUCCUCCUCGCCUCGCUCGUCACCAUCUGCGGCUGUGUCUUCAUCUCCUUCUUCUCCCCCAGCCUCCCCGUUCUACUGGUCGGGCAAUUCCUCUGCGGGAUUCCCUGGGGAGUUUUUGCCACCAUGGCCCCGGCCUACGCAUCCGAGGUCUGCCCCAUGGUCCUACGUGGCUACCUCACUGUCUAUGUGAACCUCUGCUGGGCCCUUGGCCAGCUCGUCUCGGCCGGCGUGCAGGCUGGGUUCUCUGACAGGGAAGGCCAAUGGUCUUACCGCGUUCCAUUCGCCAUCCAGUGGGCUUGGCCUGUUCCCCUUUUCAUCGUGCUCUGGUUUGCCCCUGAAUCUCCCUGGUACUUUGUCCGCACCGGAAACUAUGACGAGGCCGAAAAGUCUGUCACUCGCCUUGGUUCUACGUCCAAAGGCGCCAACGCCAAGCAAACCGUCGCCAUGAUGAUCCACACCAACGAGAUUGAGAAGUCUAUCGACCAAGGCACCUCCUAUAUCGAUUGCUUCCGCGGGGUUGACCUCCGCCGAACUGAGAUCGCCUGCAUGGCAUUCGCUGCUCAGCCCUUCUGCGGCUCGGCCAUGGGCGGCACUCCUACAUAUUUCUUCGUCCAGGCCGGCCUUCCCGAGUCAAUCUCAUUCCGCAUGUCCGUGGGUGGACUUGGAAUUGCUUCUGUGGGCACCAUUGUCUCUUGGUGGUUGCUUCACCCCUUUGGCCGCCGGACCCUGUACCUCUGGGGGCUCGGUCUCCUAACUGCCAUCUUACUAGCUGUCGGCUUCAUCAGCGUCGGGGCUAGUAACUCGGAAGGUGGCAACUACGCUCAGGCUAGCAUGAUGCUUUUAUGGCUCGGCGUUUAUUAUUUAACUGUCGGUCCUGUCUGCUACGCCAUCAUCUCUGAAGUUUCCUCGACCCGCCUCCGGAACAAGAGCAUCUGCCUCAGCCGUAUUGUCUACUAUGUCGCUCAGAUCAUUUGCAAUGUCAUCAACCCAUACAUGCUGAACCCAACUGCCGGUGACUGGCGUGGCAAAACUGGCUUCUUCUGGGCUGGGUGCGCCUUUGUCUUCUUUGUAUGGACUUUUUUCCGUCUUCCAGAGACUAAGGAUAAGACGUUUGAAGAACUUGAUAUUCUGUUUGCUCACGGCGUCAAGGCUCGUGAAUUCGCUGACUACCGCGUCGACGCCUACGCCGAAGGUGGUGAUGUUUUGACCAAGGAGGGCUGA